CCACGAACAAUUCCAAAAUCACAACCGACAACUUCUCGCCACUCACGUCCUCACCAUGUAUUCACAAAUGACCCUCGAUAACAGCACACCCUCACUCUCUUCUUCCUUCCCCUAAACAAAAAAUUAAAAAUUCCAACUUUCCCCCCCUAAAAACUUGGAAGAAAUCAAAAUCAAAUGAACGCCGAGGAGUUGCUAACCUCAGCGGGGAUCAACAUAGGCCUCGCCAUCGUCGUCCUCUCCCUCUUCGGCGUCCUCAAGAAGCAGCCGUGCACAGCUCCGGUGUACUUCCCGCGGCGGAUGGCGGCGGAGGAGGACCUCCCUCUCGAUCGGAGAUUCUCGCUGAAUAGGCUUCGGCCGUCAAUCUCUUGGAUCUACCGCGCGAUUAGGGUUUCUGAGGACGAGAUUCUUCAGCGAUGUGGCCUCGAUGCGCUCGUCGUGCUUCGGCUGUUCAAGUUUGGCAUCAAAUUUUUUUCGGUCUGCUCUUUCAUCGGGCUGGUGAUUCUUGUACCAGUAAAUUAUACCAGUCCGGAAGACUUAUCUAUGAAUGAAGUCUCAUCUCAUGUGGAUCAUUUUACGAUUUCUAAUGUGGAAAGAGGAUCUAACAGGCUCUGGGUGCAUUUUUCAUGCUUAUGCUUUAUCUCAUUUUAUGUACUUUAUUUGCUAUACAUCGAGUAUAAAGGGGUUUUACAUAGAAGAAUUCAGCACAUAGCUAACCAGAGGCAUCGACCUGAUCAGUUCACCGUGCUAGUUCGAGGUGUUCCUAUUUGUACAGAGCAUAAGGCUCGUGGAUGUUCUGUUGAACAUUUCUUCUCCAAGCAUCAUCCUUAUACUUAUCAAUCUUAUCAAAUGGUAUACGAAGGAAAAUAUGUUGAGGAAUUAUGGGAUCAGGCAUCUUCAAUUGAAAGAAGGAUACAAAAAUUACGGCAAAUUGCAGUGGAGAAGCGAAGUAAAGGCUCUAUUUUUGAUAUAUUCCAAUUGAAUACUGAAGACAUAGGGGUGAAUGAGAAAGAGCUUCAAGAAGUAUGUCAAAAGAUUCGCUUCUUACAAUGUGAAAACAUUCUUAAACGAAAGGAGUUGCCUGCUGCUUUUGUAUCAUUUAAAUCACGAUGGGGUGCUGCUUUAGCUGCUCAGACACAACAGCAUGUGCAUCCACUCCUAUGGAUCACAGAAUUUGCCCCAGAACCAAGAAAUGUCUUGUGGAACAAUUUGGCAAUUCCUUAUCGUCUCUUGGUGCUUAACAAAAUUGCAGUUUUUGUAGCAUCAUUUCUGCUUAUAGUUUUCUUUGCCAUUCCUGUUACUGCAGUUCAAGGAAUUGUACAGUUUGAGAAAUUAAAGAAGUGGUUCCCUCCAGCAAGAGCUGUACAGUUGAUACCUGGGUUGAGCACUAUUUUGACAGGGUAUCUUCCAAGCGUGAUACUUAAUGGAUUCAUAUAUCUAAUUCCUUAUGCAAUGCUUGGAAUGACUUCAUUAGAAGGAUGUGUCUCCAAGAGCAAGAAGGAGAUAAAAACUUGCAAUAUGGUUUUCUAUUUUUUAGUAGGGAAUGUAUUCUUCUUGAGUGUAUUGUCAGGGUCUUUACUGGAUCAAAUUGGAAAAUCAUUCACAAACCCCAAGCAUUUCCCUAGCCGUCUAGCGAGAGCCGUUUCAGCGCAAUCACAUUUCUUCAUCACAUACAUCCUGACUGAUGGAUUAUCAGGGUUCUCACUGGAAGCUUUGCAACUUGGAUUACUUCUUUGGCAUUUCAUAAGGUCCCAUACUUAUGGUCGAAACACAAUGCAGGAUCCAUUUCUAUUCGGUUUCCCAUAUUAUAGGGUUGUUCCGAUAGUAUCACUUGCAAUAUUGAUUGGAAUGGUUUAUGCAGUAAUUGCUCCACUAUUGCUUCCUUUUCUUAUUGUUUAUUUUAUACUGGGAUAUGCAGUAUACGUCAACCAGAUGCAAGACGUUUAUGAGAUCGUAUACGAGACACAUGGACAGUACUGGCCAUGCAUUCAUCACUUUAUAUUAAUCACUAUUGUGCUCAUGCAAAUUACUAUGAUUGGUCUUUUUGGGCUGAAAUCCAAGCCUGGAGCUUCAAUCGCAACAAUCUCUCUUUUAUUGCUUACAAUAUUGUUUAAUGAGUACUGCAAGAUGCGGUUUCUUCCAGCAUUUGAGAAUUACGCAAUUCAGAGCGCAAUGGAGAAUGAUGAACUUGAUGAAGCGGAAGGUCGAACACAAGCCAACCAUGACAGCACUCUCAAUGCUUAUCAGCCUCCGUGGAUGCGUCCAAUUAGUGUCAUGGGAGAAUCAACCUCAACAGAACCAUUUCUUUCAGCUUGAUUGUUACUAGUAUGGAGGAAAGAAAGUGUACGCUCCCUUUUUUCAGUAGAACAUGAUCACUCGUCAUACAUAGCUGAAUUUUAAUAGCAGUUGGUAAGUUUGUCAACGAAAUUUUGCUUAUCGAUUGUAAAUAUCCAAACAUAGCCCCGGCUAUAUAACUUUUGUUGACUUGAAAAUAAUGGUACGUUCAGAGUUUCAAUAAUUUCAAAUGUUGUUUAGAAAGCUGAAGUAGUUUUCGGACAAGUCACUAGAAAUGGAGCACAGACUGCUUUUACUUGUAAACUAAUGGGAAUAAAGACUAUAGAGUUGUACUACAAAUUACAAUAUUAUACCCAGAACACUUUGAAUCUUCCUUUA